CCCGGACCGGCCCCCCCUUUCCCCUCCCCUUCGCGCCGCCGCUGCCGCGAUGCCCCCCCCUGCGCUCGGGGCCCGGCUCCGGCUUCUCGCCGCCGCCGCCCUGGCCGGCCUGGCCGUCAUCAGCCGAGGGCUGCUGUCCCAGAGCCUCGAGUUUAACUCUCUCUCUGACAACUACACUGUGUGCGAAGGGGACAACGCCACCCUCAGGUGGGAGAAUGUGGGGGACAGCUCCACUGCGGGGAGAAGCACCUCCCUCUCCCCCACCCCCAGCUGCUUCAUCGACGAGCAUGUGACCCGCGUGGCCUGGCUGAACCGCUCCAACAUCCUGUACGCCGGCAACGACCGCUGGACCAGCGACCCGCGCGUGCGGCUGCUGGUCAACACGCCCGAGGAGUUCUCCAUCCUCAUCACGCAGGUGGGACUCGGCGACGAGGGCCUGUACACCUGCUCCUUCCAGACGCGCCACCAGCCCUACACCACCCAGGUGUACCUCAUCGUCCACGUCCCCGCCCGCAUCGUGAACAUCUCCUCGCCCGUGGCGGUGAACGAGGGCGGCAGCGUGAACCUGCUGUGUCUGGCCGUGGGGCGGCCUGAGCCCACUGUCACCUGGAGGCAGCUCCGAGACGGCUUCACCUCCGAAGGCGAGAUCCUGGAGAUUUCCGACAUCCAGCGGGGCCAGGCGGGGGAAUACGAGUGCAUGACGCAGAACGGGGUCAACUCCGCGCCCGACAGCCGCCGCGUGCUGGUCACAGUCAACUACCCUCCGACCAUCACGGACGUGACCAGCGCCCGCACGGCCCUGGGCCGGGCCGCCCUGCUGCGCUGCGAGGCCAUGGCGGUGCCCCCCGCGGACUUCCAGUGGUACAAGGAUGACAGGCUGCUGAGCAGCGGCGCGGCGGAGGGCCUGAAGGUGCAGACGGAGCGCACCCGCUCGAUGCUUCUCUUCGCCAACGUGAGCGCCCGGCACUACGGCAACUACACGUGCCGCGCAGCCAACCGGCUCGGAGCUUCCAGCGCCUCCAUGCGCCUCCUGCGCCCCGGAUCCCUGGAAAACUCAGCCCCGAGACCCCCAGGGCCCCUGACCCUCCUCUCUGCCCUGGGCUGGCUGUGGUGGAGGAUGUAGGCGAAACCCAGUGCGGCUGGCUUCCCUGCUGGGGGGGCCUCGGGCCGAGAGCAAGAGAGGAAGGGGGAGCAAGCGCUGUGGGUCUCGAGGGGGCCGAGGAACUCUCGGCCGCCGAGGAAGAGGAGAGGAGGAGGAAGAAGAAAGAUCUUUAGAGAACCCAUCACUGUGAGGGAUAACGCAAAAUUAUGCAUCUUUCUACAGCCAUUCUCGUCACCCGUUCACGUUUCCGAUUGUGACCCACCCUGGCCACCCCGCCCCCCACUCUUAGCUCAGGCUGUGGACUGGAUUGUGUGUGGGUGUGUGUGUGUGUGUGAGUGUGUGGUGGGGAAGGGGGCUCAGCAGGUCUCCCUCCUCUGCACCCCUACUUCUUCUAUCCCCCAACCCUGGUCCCUCUCACCUCGGGCUGGAGGUAGCUAUGGGGGGGUUUUGUGGUGGCAGCUGUGAAGACAGUCUGUUCAGGCUCUCUGCUUUCCCAAUAUAUGCACGCAUGCCGACCCCCUCCCCGGCCUGCUGAAAGGGUGUCUCCAGGUAGGAUGGGGUGGGGAGAGGUGUCCCCGUCUCCUGUCAAGAUGUCAUUUGGCCUUUGUGAACAGGCAGGGAGGGGAGGGGUCUCCAUCUCAGCUCCCAGCCUCCCUGCUGUCCCCCACCGGCUGCCUGUCCCCGGAGGCCCCCUCACUCACCCAGGAGCCUCAGACCUUCCCCCUUUGCUUGCCCUCCCCACCCUGAACUUUCUGGCCCCCUCCUGGGCCAAUCGGUGCUUCCAUCUGACUGUCAGGCCGAUGGCCAUCGCUGCCUGUCUGUCUCAGUGCUUUGCCCUGCCCCCACCCCCACUGCCCUCGGCCACCUGCAGUGCCAGCCAGCUGCGCCCCCCCCCCCAGCCCCUGCAGCUGGCCCCAGACACCCAGGUGUGAGCUCACGGGUCCGUCACGCCUGGCUUCACCGACUGUCCCUCCCAAAGGCUGACCCGCCCGCCUCACACACACUCAGACAGACUCACACACCAGCGACUGUGACCAGCAAUAGCCCCAGUGACCAGCCGUGGUUCCCCCGAGGGUGGGCCACUGCGGCCGGGGAAGGAGCGUGGAGAGGCUGCCGCGUCAGCUCUGACUGUAGAACACCCCGACCCUGCCACGCCCCACACGAGGUGGAGGAGAGACAGGCGUCACCUGACAUCCUGAGGCAGCACGAAGAUGCCAGGUCACCGGCUCUGACUCCUGGGAGACCCUCCUCUAUAAACACCCACCCCCGACCAUUCCAUCCACAGCUUGGUGGGGAAGAGGGCAGUGCAGGGGGCAGGGGGCAGUGACUGUACCUCAGACGGGGGCGUGGGCCCCAUCCCACAUUGUCUUCCAUUCCCAGGG